CCAGAUUCAAGACCUUGGAGGAACAAAUCAAGAAGCAAGAGAUCAGGCUUCAGGAAGUAAUGGAAAGUCUGCAGGCCUCGCAAGUACAACAGCAGCAACUGCAGGUGGAACUCCGUACAGGAUUGGAAGAAAGCAGUAGGAAGGUGGAGAAUUUGGUAGCUGAAGUAAAGCAGGAGUUUGGCGCCUUAAUGCGAGCAGUAAUUGGCAAAGACAGAGCUGCUCCAGAGGAUGACAGGCAAAGGAGUGAGCAAGCUCCACUCCUACCAACUCCUCCAUUCAAUCAGAGGCUACAGAUUGGCUCGGACAACACCAGGACUCUCAGGAAGGAAACAAUCUCGGCCUAGCCCGUUGGUACAUUAGCAAGUCAAAAAGGUCUUUAAGCAGUGAGAUGGAGAAUAUAAAGCACCAAAGUGUAGUUGUCAACGGCAUAAAUAUGCACGUAGCUGAGGUUGGUGAAGGCCCAGCGGUGUUACUCUUACAUGGCUUCCCGGAGCUUUGGUACUCCUGGCGCCACCAGAUGCUGUAUCUUGCCUCCAAAGGCUACCGAGCUAUUGCCCCCGAUCUCCGAGGCUACGGCGACUCUGACGCGCCGCCGGGUCCCAGCAGCUACAUGGCCUUCCAUGUUGUCGGAGAUCUUGUGGCCCUUUUGAACAGUCUGGGUCUAGAUAAGGUGUUCUUGGUGGGCCACGACUGGGGUUCUCUCAUAGCAUGGCACUUGUGCUUGUUCCGACCGGAUCGAAUCAAGGCCCUGGUCAACAUGAGUUGUGUGUACCACUAUUUCGACCCCAAAAAUCCAUCCAAAAAGCCCCUAGAGGAGAUGCGCGAGACUUUUGGUGAUGACUACUAUGUCUGCAGAUUUCAGGCAACGGGAGAGGUGGAAGAGGAGUUUGCCGGCGUCGACACUGCCGAGCUUGUGAAGGCAUUUUUUUCAAAUCGUGAUACACGUCCACCCUGUAUUCCUAGAGGUGGUUUUCAGUAUUUUGCUCAUCAAAAUCCCAACCCAUUGCCCGAAUGGCUGACACAGGAAGACCUGAAUUACUAUGCCACUAAAUUCAAGAAGACAGGUUUCAGCGGAGGAUUCAACUUCUAUCGCUGUAUAGAUCUAAACUGGGAGCUUUCAGCACCAUGGAGAGAAGCGCAAAUUCAAGUUCCUGUUAAGUUUGUGGUGGGCGAUCUCGACUUAACUUAUCAUAUACCGGGCAUCCAAGAUUACAUACACAAUGGAGGAUUCAAGAAAGAUGUUCCUGACUUGCAAGAAGUGAUUGUGAUACCAGGAGCUGCCCACUUUAUCAACCAGGAAAAGGCAGACGAGUGCAGCAUCCACAUUUAUGAUUUCAUCAGCAAGUUCUAGUUUCUACAGCAAUUAUCUGCUCCUAUUUCCUGCUUUCUAACUCCAAAUAAAGGGUUCCUCCGUAAGCCUUCAUUUUAGGAUGGAGUUCCCAAAAGUUUGAAUUCAUGAACCUAAUGGAAGGAUUUCUGUUUGUUAAUUCUAUGCUUUUCAUCAA